GGAUCCACGCCACGCCAGAGCGACCCGCCUUGUCGCAGGAGCUCAAGCUGACCAAAUUGCCCCUGCCUCGGUGCCCUUCCUUCUUCGUCUUUCGCCACCCUUCCCUUCCGUUCCGCCUCGACGCCACGCCGCCCUGCAACCCCGACCCUUCCCGAGGCGGAUGUUACUUUCCCCCGUGCCACGUCGCGACGCCCUCACCCUCGUCGACGGCUCGUGAAGCCUCCUCUCUCGGGUCUCGACGCCUCCCACGCCGCAAACGGAGACCUCUCUCCCCAUUCGCCUCCGCUGCUCGGCUCCUCCUCGACGGACGGCGGCCGCUGAGGGACAGCUCACGAGCUCUCUGGCCUGGAGAUGGACAGCCAUAAUUCAUCACAUCCUCAGAUUGUUGAAGUGAAAAUGGACAUCUCACCGUCAGCUUCUGGAGCAGCGGGGAACAAAAUCUGCAGAGGUGCUGCAUGCGAUUUUUCUGACACCAGUAAUGCCUCAAAAGAUGCAAAGGAGAGAUUCGCAUCCAUGAGGAAGCUCAUAAUCGCUGUAAUCCUUUGCAUUAUAUUCAUGACGGUGGAGGUGGUUGGAGGCAUCAAAGCAAAUAGUCUUGCAAUCUUAACUGAUGCAGCCCAUCUCCUUUCAGAUGUAGCAGCAUUUGCCAUAUCACUGUUCUCUCUUUGGGCGGUUGGAUGGGAAGCAACACCACAGCAAUCAUACGGGUUCUUUCGUAUAGAAAUUCUAGGUGCAUUGGUUUCCAUUCAGCUUAUAUGUCUCCUUGCUGGCAUACUCGUAUAUGAGGCUGUUGUGAGGCUCAUUAAUGACAGUGGCGAGGUGCAAGGUUCUCUCAUGUUUGCUGUGUCAGCUUUUGGAUUGUUUGUCAACAUCAUAAUGGCUGUAUUGCUUGGUCAUGACCAUGGUCAUGGCCAUGGACAUUCACAUGAUCAUAGCCAUGGUGAUUCAGAUGAUGACCAUUCCCACCAUGAACAAGAGCAGGGCGAUGUACAUCGCCACGAGCUCAGCCAUGGCAGUUCUAUUACCGUCACAACUCAUCACCACCACCAUUCCGGCACUGGACAACAUCACGAUGCUGAGGAACCACUGCUUAAGCAUGAAGCUGACUGUGAGAGUACCCAAUCUGGUGCCAAAGCUGCUAAGAAGCCUCGACGCAAUAUCAACGUACACAGUGCUUAUCUGCAUGUGCUUGGAGACUCUAUCCAGAGCAUCGGAGUUAUGAUCGGAGGGGCUAUCAUCUGGUACAAGCCCGAGUGGAAGAUCAUUGAUCUCAUCUGCACCCUGAUAUUCUCUGUGAUUGUACUGUUCACCACAAUCAGGAUGCUGCGGAAUAUACUUGAAGUUCUGAUGGAGAGCACGCCACGCGAGAUCGAUGCCACCAGGCUUGAGAGGGGGCUCUGUGAGAUGGAAGGUGUGGUUGCUGUCCACGAGCUGCAUAUCUGGGCCAUCACAGUGGGGAAGGUGCUCCUGGCGUGCCAUGUGACGAUCACGCAGGACGCAGAGGCUGAUCAGAUACUUGACAAGGUCAUUGGGUACAUCAAGACGGAGUACAACAUCAGCCAUGUGACCAUUCAGAUCGAGCGCCAGUAGGCUUAUCUUGGGCAGUUAGGGGAUAAAUAGCGUCACUGGUUAUCCUUUCCAUGUGGUUGUUCCUAGGAUUUUGCACCUGGGAAGGCUUCAGCCAGUCAUCAGAGCUUGACUAGGCUUGCAAGUUCAUCUGGAUGCUAGCUUUGAUGCUGAAUAAUAUCGUCUGCUUAUCAUUAUUAGUCUAUUAGGUGAAUGAAUUAUUCGGGUGAAGUAGUCAUCAGUCUGUAUUCACAUGGAUGCGAUUUUUGGACACGUUGGCGCCUUGUGGGUUCAUGGAACUGCAUCUGUGGUUUAGCCCCCUGUGUCAUCACUUUUAUGUAAGAUAUGUUUCUGGUAUAGAAGAUAUGAAGCUCCUGCUUGGUCUA